AUGGUGUUUGAGCUCUCGUUUGAUAAGACCAAGGACCAUUCGUAUGGUUUCCAAUUGGCAAAUAACAUAAAGCUGGCCCUGGCGCAGGUGCUGGCGCCGGCAGGCUGCACGCUGAAGGUGUGCGAAAACGAGGGCCCCCAGCUAACCAGUGGCUCGGGGUUCCGGCUGUUCGACGCAAACGCCAUUCUCCGGUUCGUUCUGAACGACUACGAGGCUUCUGGAUCCGAUGAAUGCCAGUACGCACAGGCCUCGUUGGAGCACAUGCUACACCGGAGCGAGAUGGUGCCAGAUUACGUGACCACGGCAGCGAAUAAGUCGCUGGAACACUACCUGGUGUCGAUGGAGGAGCCGCUCUCCGCGACGAGGCUCAUAACCUUUGCUAACACUUAUGCGCUAGAUGCCAAAGCCGUGCGCGCACGGUUUGCAGCUCUGCCAGCGCGUGUGGAGCAGGCGCUAGAGGUCGCGAAGCAACAGACUCCGCGGUCGGCUUCGAGCUUCAUGUACACCGGAGCUGCCAAUGUGAGGGUCGGAUACUCUAUAAAGAAACAAGAGGGUGAAAUCUUGCCUCGGGAGGGCGAGCGGAACGUGCUAGUGACCUCUGCUCUACCGUACGUGAACAACGUCCCACAUUUGGGGAACAUUGUGGGUAGCGUUUUGUCCGCAGAUAUAUACGCUCGUUACUGCAAGGCAAGAAAUUAUAAUACGCUCUUCAUCUGCGGUACUGAUGAGUACGGUACUGCGACUGAGACAAAGGCGCUGGAGGAGGGCAUUUCUCCCCGCGAGCUGUGCGACAAGUUCCACAAGAUACACGCAGACGUGUACAAGUGGUUCAAUAUUGGUUUCGAUUACUUUGGAAGGACGACUACGGCCGCCCAGACGGAAAUAGCCCAAGAUAUCUUUAACAAGUUGAACGAGAAUGGCUAUCUGGAAGAAAAAACCAUGAAGCAGCUGUACUGCUCGGAGCACAAUGCAUUCCUAGCAGACAGAUACGUGGAGGGUGAAUGUCCAAAGUGCCAGUAUGAGGAUGCCCGCGGUGACCAGUGCGAUAAGUGUGGCGCCCUGCUGGAUCCGUUUGAGCUAGUUAAUCCCCGUUGUAAGCUGGACAACACCAAGCCUGAACCGCGGACGUCCGAUCAUAUCUUCCUCUCGUUGAACAAGCUAGAAAAAGACAUUGCACAAUGGGUUGCCGAGUCGUCUGAAAAGGGUAACUGGUCAAAGAACUCUAGGACCAUCACCAACUCAUGGUUGAAGGAGGGCCUUGAGCCACGGUGUAUCACAAGAGACCUGGUAUGGGGUACUCCGGUCCCGUUGGAGAAGUAUAAGGAGAAGGUGUUGUACGUUUGGUUCGACGCAACCAUCGGUUACUCUUCGAUCACGGCCAACUAUACCAAGGAGUGGGAGCGCUGGUGGAAGAACCCGGAAAAUGUCUCUUUGUACCAGUUCAUGGGCAAAGACAAUGUUCCAUUCCACACUGUCAUUUACCCAGGGUCGCAACUCGGUACUGGCGACAAGUGGACCAUGCUUCAUCAUCUAAACACCACCGAAUAUCUGCAGUACGAAGGUGGGAAGUUCUCAAAGAGCAGGGGCGUCGGCGUUUUCGGCAACAACGCCAAAGAUACCGGCAUCCCGCCAGAUGUGUGGAGAUACUACCUUGCAUCCGUCAGACCGGAGACCAGCGACUCGCAGUUCUCCUGGAAAGACAUGGUUACCAAAAACAACAGCGAACUGCUUGCGAACCUCGGUAACUUUGUCAACAGGCUGGUGAAGUUCGUGAACGCCAAGUACAACCGCGUGGUACCAUCCUUUAACGUAGACAACUUGCCCGGCUUCAAACAACUGACCGACGAUAUCAACCAUAUCUUGUCCAACUACGUCGCCGAAAUGGAGCUUGCCCGUGAGAAGCGCGGUUUGGAGCUGGCAAUGGCUCUUUCUGCCCGCGGCAACCAGUUCCUACAAGAAAACAAGCUCGACAACAGCCUUUUCUCCCAGUCACCCGACAAAUCUGAUGCCGUGGUAGGCGUAGGCUUGAACAUCAUAUACGCGGUUGCAUCUGUCAUUGCACCAUUCAUGCCGCAAACCGCCGAAACUAUCAACAGAAUGCUGAACGCUCCGGCUCUGGCGAUCGCCGGGGAGUUCAACCUCAUCAUUCAAGGUGGGCACAAUAUUAAUAAGGCCGAAUAUUUGUUCCAGAGAAUUGAUGAGAAGAAGAUUGACGAAUGGAGAGCAAAAUACAACGGUACUCAGCAGCAAUAA